AUGGCUCAGAAAAAAUUUUUCAGCAAAAACCCUCAUCUUUCGCUUAUAAUAACAAUAAUCUUAUUAAUAUUUUUAUUCACGACACCAAAGGUUUCUUUAGCAGUGGAGUUGUAUUUACAAGAUAUUGUAGUCUAUGAACCUACGCUGGUUAACAAUAACCAACAACUAAACAUUACGUAUUUUGUAUUUAAUGACAUCUUAGAACAAUUCAAUAUAACUAAUCUCGUAAUAACAUUAAUCCCGCGACAAACAAAUAUCUCAAGCAAUAUAUCAGUAGCUCAAAAUGCUCCGCUACUUGGUCCAAAUGGCGAAAAUCAUACUCAGACAGUAAUUUAUAACAUAACAAAAGAAGUUUAUGGUGGCACUUGGUCUUUGACAUUCGUCGAAAAUUAUAUAAUUAAAGGUACUGGUCAAUCAAUGGUAACAUCGCAAAGUUUGAAUGUUACUUUUCCACCCAGUACGCAGCCCACUUCAACCACUCAAAUGGGGACUGGACCGAUUACUUAUGUUUCGACGAUAGUUCCGGCAUCAUAUAUAACAACAACCACCACAGAUGCAGCCGGAGUAACUUAUUCGACUACGAUUUAUGUGCCGCCUAUAAUUCAAACGGUUGUUCACUCAGCAAACCCAGCAAACCCUACCAAUACAACGGCUGUCUAUUCUCCUCCGAGUUCAGAGGGAAAGACACUUUUGAUGAUAAGUAAUGAGUGGUGGUCAAACAAAAUUUAUUUGAUUGGUAUUUACUUUAUAUUGACGAUUUUUACUGCACAUUUUCUUCUGUGA